UUUUUAAAAUUAAUUCAAUUUUUUUUUUUAUUAUUUUUUUAUAACAGUUUUAUUUAGACUUCAUGAAUAUAAAUAGAAAAUAAAUUUAAUAUAUUAUUCGUUGUUGAAAUAAUAAUUGUCAAAGGUGAACAAAAAUAAAUAUAAAAAUUACUUUUUUUCAUUUGCAUAAUAAAUAAAAUUUAUUUAUUGCUAAAUUUUCCAAAUAAACUGUCAUAAUGUUUUUUCAUCAACCACAAAUAUUAACGAGUUAACCUAUCAUAAUGUACAAACAGAAUUUCACGAUAUCAUGAGUGAAUAUUCCAUGCAUUUUAUAGUCGUUUAUAUUCGCUAAUGGAUUGUCGAUAUCAUCAUGUUCACUCAAAAGCAAUAUUUUUUUUCUCCACUUGUAAAGUCAAAUCCCAUAUUAAAACUUGUCAACAUUUAUGACAGACAGUCAUUUAUACGUGAAUAUAUACUGGACAAUAUAUUGGUCUGUAUUUUUACGUAUUUGAUGUUCUAUUUGGUGCUAUGGUACGCCAAUAAGGUAAUCAAGCAAAUCGAAAGGUCCAAUGAUGAGAUGUUGGAAGUUGUUGCGGACAACAGAACGAAACUCGAGGAUGUCAUCGCACUCAGAAAUAAACGCCAGGAAUAUGAAGAUGUUGUUAUGAAAGCAAAAGGAGCACAGAGGGUCAUGGCAAACCACCUAGAAAAUGAGAUUAAAUAUUUGCACAAUGAAUUGGCAAGUACUACUACCAAAUUGGAUGAAUUGGAAAAAGUCUUUGACAAAAUUAAUUACAGCGAAAAUAUCGACAAAAGGUGUACAAAAGUCAAAUCGUGUCUGGAAUUGGGAAAGAGGAAUUUACGGAGGAUGCAAAACUCGACAAAGACUCGAUUGAGAAUGUCAAGAUACUUGAACCGUCGUUUCCACCGAGCACACCACCACCAAGAAAAUAUGGAAUCUUUGUCAGUCGACCAAAUAAAAUACGAAAUUUACCAACCAACAUCGGAUUCAAGUAAUCAUGCUUCAGCUGAAACAACUUCCAAUGCUUCUUCCGAAAGAAUUAACGAAUGUGAUACAUCGUUUUCAAAAAAUAAAAAAACAAGAAAUUUAUGAAUAAUUAUAAAUAAAAAAAUUUAUUUAAAAAAAUUAAUUAUUUAAAUUGAAAAAAAAAAAAAAAAAAAGAAAUAAAUAAUAAUUUCAAGAUUUUUUUUUUAAUUUAAUAGUUUGCUGUAUACAUUGAUAUUUUCAUUUUGAAAUUUUUCAAUUUUUUUAACGUUUAAUAUUAGGCCCUGAUAUAUAAUAAAAAAUUAUCACCAAUAAAUUGAUGUUGAGAAUAAAAAUAGGAUUACAAUG